UCUUUUUGCUUUCCAACAGCGCAUGGACCUGGGAGAAUGUACAAAGAUCCAUGAUUUGGCACUGAGAGCAGAUUAUGAGAUUGCAAGUAAAGAGAGAGACCUGUUUUUUGAAUUGGAUGCCAUGGACCACCUGGAGUCCUUUAUUGCAGAAUGUGACAGGAGGACAGAACUGGCCAAGAAACGACUGGCUGAAACACAGGAGGAGAUCAGUGCUGAAGUGUCUGCAAAGGCGGAAAAAGUGCACGAGCUGAAUGAAGACAUAGGGAAACUUCUGGCGAAAGCUGAGCAGUUAGGAGCAGAAGGGAACGUGGAUGAAUCUCAAAAGAUCCUGAUGGAAGUGGAGAAAGUCCGAGCAAAAAAGAAAGAAGCGGAGGAAGAAUACCGCAAUUCUAUGCCAGCUUCCAGUUUCCAGCAGCAGAAGCUGCGCGUCUGUGAGGUCUGUUCAGCAUACCUUGGUCUCCAUGACAAUGACCGCCGUCUCGCUGAUCAUUUUGGUGGCAAAUUACAUUUGGGCUUCAUUCAGAUCCGUGAGAAACUGGAUCAGUUGAGGAAAACAGUGGCAGAAAAACAAGAGAAAAGAAACCAGGAUCGUUUGAGGCGGAGAGAGGAACGAGAACGAGAAGAGAGAAUGGGCAGACGGUCUGGAUCAAGAAACAGAGAUCGUAGAAGAUCGCGAUCUCGGGAUAGGAGGCGAAGGCGCUCGCGAUCAGUUUCUCGUGAAAGACGGAAGUCCCGCUCCAGGUCCCGAGAACGUGACCGACACAGACGCCACCGAAGCCGCUCACGCAGCCACAGCAGAGGUCACCGCCGGGGUUCUAGAGACAGGAGUUCAAAACAUAAAUCCUCUAAAGAUCGAUCUUCAAGAGAAAAGUCACGAGACAGAGAGAAGAAAGAGAAGAGCUCUUCUGAGAGACGGCACGAGAGCACAAAUGGCAAAUCUCGUUCCAAGAGAUCAGAAGAGAGAGAAGCUGGCGAGAUCUGAACUCAAACGAUCUGUGUUGCACUGUAAAUAGUCUGAUGAAACAUUCUACACAAAGCCUAAAUUUCCCAUUUAUAUUUACUGAAUACAACUCAUCUUUUGUAGUUUUGAAUUUUUAUUGUUUGGCAGAUAGCUGUGAGUUUGUAGGGAUACAAAGUUAUGUACUGUUUAACAGGAUUUGUUUUAGUAGGAAUAAAUAAAUCUGAUGGAUUGUUUUCAACACGGGCUAGUGAUUUUACACACUGUGUGUUUGUCACAAACUAACGAAUGCAGCGGUUAGAGCUAGUCCUGUGGUUGGAAACACAACCUGCUGUAAUAUUUGUAACACUUGUGCCCUUUCAGAACAUCCACUUUGACCCCUUGCACCACUGGAGUUUGAAAUCAGUAGCACUGAUGCUAACUGAAUUCAUUUUUCUUCAGUUUGUACAUGUUCAGAGGAAUUAGGGAUUUCUUUUUUUUUUUUUUUUAAGUGUUUAGGAAGCUCAUUUCAUGUUUUCAGGAUCUGAAAGAAUCCCUUGCUAUUCCAGUUAGAGACAAACGAAAUGUGCCCCGAUCUUUCUCUUAAAAGCUACUGUUCAUCUUUAUGAAGAUGGCUUGCGCAUCUGGGGCACUUUGUCAAGAUACUUUCAGGUCUACCCCUAGUGAUGAUAUAGGUACCUAGUAUAGGAAGCCUGUGUUUGAAUGAGUUAUUUAGAUUGGUCUCUUGUAAUUGAGUUCAACAAUGAGGAUUUUCAGAGCUUGUCUAUUAACCUGCGCACUAUGAUCAGAUUAUAACUUCCUAGAUCUGGUUUUGCGAGUUGUGAAAAUUUGCAGGUAUAAGUCAUUAGGGACCAGUCAAACAAAGAUUGUUUGCUUGUUGGAGGCAGGCUUCUAAUCAAGAUGGAGCAGAAUUCUGCUUUCACAUACAUCUUAAGGAUAGUUGCUUGUACAGAUUGCAGUGUAUGUGAAUUUCUGCCAAACUCUUCUCAAUGCUUUCAGCUGCCAGUGAAAUAAAUCUGGUGUAUAGUAAUAAAGCAGGGAGGCAGGGUGGGAAUUACAAAAGCAUAAUUGUUUAUUUUUUAAAUUAAGGACAAAAACUUCCUGUUCCAGCCACAGUGGUGACCCUGAGACUGCACAGAUAGUGUAGCUGAAGCAGUUACAACACAUGCUGAAUUUGAGCUGAGGAAGUGGAAUUCUAGCCACUACUGUACAGUUUUGACCUACCAGCCAGCCUGUUCAUUAAUUCAUUCAGGCAGGUAUCUUAAAUUAAGACAAUUAAUCUUAAUAUUUUCACUCAGUGGAAACGCAAGGCAUUUGUAAAUAAAACUAGCAGUACAUCUAGUGUGUUGGGGUUUUCUGGCUUUUUUUUUUUUUUUUUAGAUUAACUUUUUCCCCACCUCCUUUCUUUAAUUUGGGACUUUUUUUUUUAUUUGCAGAGGUGCAGGAGCUGUCCUUACUAUGUUAGUCUUCUAGCUGCAUGUUUAAUUAUGGCCAGAAUCUAGUUGCUUUUUAUUUUACAACUAAUAUUACAUUUUAAUUAUUUUUAAUCUCCAUGUACCACAGUCUGUGAGGUCCCUCCCUUUAGGGCUGUUACUUGCAAGGUCACCUCUGGAAUACAUUAACAAGUGAUGAGAGAAUGCCAAUCGGAUGGCAGUUGUAAUAGGUGCAGUGGGCCCAAUUUUGUCUUUAGGUACACGUGUAAUUUCUGUUGAAGCUAGUAGUGAGGACAGGGUCUGGCCCCCAGAGCAUUUCCUUUCAAGGAAUACAAAUGACCUAAUUGAACUCAAAAGCUGAUCACAUGCAAAUGUAGUGGAGUGUUAGAAGGGACCCCACCUUGCACUGAUGUGUUGUAUGUGCAACAUUUGCAGUCUGUCAUGAUGUCAGAGCAUUUUGUUCUUUAUAUGGCACCUUUGCUUAUGAAGAGGUUUGGUCUAAGCAUAAAACUGUAAGUAAAAAUGCUGUUCUCUUGCCAGUCUGACUCACAUUAAAGACUUAUGUUUGUGGC